UUUCAGUCUGAAUUGGUCGGUCGUUGAGCGUGGAAGUGCUCAGAGUGCGAGAGAGAACGGGCAACGGGCACAGAGCGCGAUUUGUUUGAAUGACUGGUACGUUUACGUUCGCGUCCAUUUCUAUGUGAUUGUGUGUGUCUGUGCGCGUAUGUGUGUGUGUGGGUGAAGAAUAACAACACCGAUAUCGAAAUAGUGAAGCACAAAGGCCAAGCAAAGAAAGAAACACCAAAACACAACAAUAACAACGGUAGCCAAGAGUCAGCGUCAGCGUCAGCGUCUUGUAUUUUUUUUUUUUUUCGUUCCUUUAUUUUGAGACGCUUCCUGCUGGCUACGCCCCAAUGAAACACCAGCAACAUGUGCAUCGAUCAAAUUCGCAAAGUGUGAUAAAGACAACCAAGUGACUUAAAGAACAAAAGCUGAAAUCUCAACUGCAAAUAUACACAUAUAUAAUAAGCCAAUUAGAGACAAGCUGCGAAAAUGACAAUAACAUAUACAGGUGAAGUGGCCACAUGCCGUGGCUUUGGCUGUUUUCUCAAACUGCUGCUCAGGUGGCGCGGAAGUAUUUACAAAUUAGUCUGGCUGGAUCUGUUGGCCUUCCUCACAUUAUAUUAUCUACUUAAUCUGGUCUAUCGGUUUGCGCUCAACGAGGCCCAGAAAGAAACCUUUGAGGCGAUCGUCGCCUAUUGUAAUAGUUAUCGUGAUCUCAUACCGCUGUCUUUUGUGCUGGGUUUCUAUGUAUCCAUUGUGAUGACUCGCUGGUGGAAUCAGUACACUUCCAUCCCCUGGCCGGAUCCCAUCGCCGUCUUCGUCAGCUCCAAUGUGCACGGCCAGGACGAGCGUGGUCGGGUCAUGCGUCGCACGAUCAUGCGCUAUGUGUGCCUCUGCCUCACCAUGGUGCUGGCCAAUGUGUCGCCGCGCGUCAAGAAACGAUUCCCCGGCCUCAACAAUCUGGUGGAGGCGGGUCUGCUCAACGAGAACGAGCGCACCAUCAUUGAGACGAUGAACAAAUCAUUUCCCAGGCCCUCCAAGCACUGGCUGCCCAUUGUCUGGGCGGCGAGCAUCAUUACGCGAGCAAGGAAGGAGGGCCGCAUAAGGGACGAUUUUGCUGUGAAGACUAUCAUCGAUGAGCUGAACAAGUUCCGAGGACAGUGCGGACUACUGAUUAGCUAUGAUACGAUCAGUGUGCCCCUGGUUUACACCCAGGUAGUUACGCUAGCCGUAUACUCAUAUUUCCUUACCUGCUGCAUGGGUCAGCAGUGGACAGAUGGCAAAGUCGUCGGCGGCAGCAGCUACCUGAACAAGGUGGAUUUGUAUUUCCCAGUGUUCACCACGCUGCAGUUCUUCUUCUACAUGGGGUGGCUGAAGGUGGCCGAGUCCCUGAUCAAUCCCUUUGGCGAGGACGACGACGACUUUGAGGUCAAUUGGAUGGUGGAUCGCAAUUUGCAAGUUUCGUAUUUAAUUGUAGAUGAAAUGCACCAUGAUCAUCCGGAGCUACUGAAGGAUCAGUACUGGGACGAGGUGUUCCCCAACGAGCUGCCCUACACCAUCGCUGCGGAACGCUUCCGUGAGAAUCAUCCGGAGCCCUCGACUGCCAAAAUCGAUGUGCCCAAGAACGCGGCCAUGCCCUCGGGCAUGUCAUCUGUGCGAAUCGAUGAAAUGGUUGGUAACAAUGGCAGCGUCGCCUCUGGGUCGAAGCCGACUGCAACUGAGCAGCCGUCGCAAGGGGCAACCAAUCAGACAGUUACUUAUGACCUUUCCAAGGCUGCACCAGACGAGGAGCCUCUAACUGCACUACGCUCUGCACGGCUUUCGGUUGCUUUAGUGCACCCCAGAACGAAAUUUGCACCAAAUUGGUUUCAAGCGGACGAUGCCAGCGGCAUACAUUUCUCUGCAGGCAAUGGCAAAUCGCGCCUGGGACUCGGCUCCUCGCCCAGCCUGGUUAGUGUAUCGGGUACGCUGUCGCGGGUGAACACUGUAGCCUCGGCACUGAAACGCCUGCUCAGUCGCGACGAAAGCCGUCCGAGCUCCGCUACGCCCAGCGACGAUCCGGGCAAGUACCGUUUCCCGAACAGCUCCAGCACAGCCAGCUUGACAGGACCCAACGUUGGCUCCUCGGCUGUGAAGCCGGCAGCGGGCAGCAUGCGCAUCACCCAACAGGUCAUCGAGGAGGUGGACGAGCAGGCAACCAUCACUUCCACACGCCCCCACGAUCCACGCCCCAAUGUCAAAGACAUUUUCUCGCCCACCACCGGCGACCCACAGCAUCAGCCGGGCGGCCAGCCACUGCAACCGCCACCGCCUGCAAGUAGACCCGGCGAACUGCCGGCGCGCUCCCAGCCAAUGGACAUACCCAGACGCUCGCCUCAAUACGAGCGCGCCUACUCGCAGUAUGAGCCGACAGCAUCGCUCUUCCCACCCGGCGGUGUGGACGCACUGCUGAGCACCUCGGCGCCGGCUGGAGACGGUCCCUCGCUUUUGGCAGGAGACACGGCGCCCAGCUCGCCGCAAGGCGACAGCAGCAAAUCCCUGUUUGAGCCGAACAGGGUUGCCAGCCGCGAGACAGCGAGUGAGAGACCCGAUGCACCGCAGUACUUCCGGUGGUUCGUGACGCCCGUCGAAAAUCUCGACGUCAAAGCAUCGGCCGAUGUUUUGGCCAAUCCAGCUGCCGAGCCCCCGCCAGACACUGGCGAUGACUUCGAAAAACUACGAGCUGCUCGCGAAAAGGAGAAGCUGGUGCGCCAGCAAAUGAACUUGGCGCGGACGAUUAGCACCGCCCCGGGCGUGGAUGCCUCCGGAGUGCCAGUUGUGGUGCCAGUGGCACUAGUGGCGCCACCCGCGGCUCAGCCGGCCGCCCCAACCCCGCUGAGAACAGUGCCCUCCAAUGCUGACUUGCUCGCCGGCACUAAUCCAGUGACCAACUCGACCAUCAAGUCCGAGGAUGCCACCACAGGAAGUUGAACUGACAGUUAGAGUUUUACAUUUGGGCGUACUACAUAGGGAGUACGCCGCCUGUGCUGUAUACUUUUUCAAACUACCCUUAAGUUGAUUAGUUAGCGUUAGUUAAUUUAUCUAUGCUGCUAAACUUAAUACCUUAACAAGCACAAUGAUACAAAAAAAAAAAAAAAAAAAACAAAUAAGCAGAGUUAGAAACAGAUUAAGAAUGCUCAUAACGUUAAAACGAUCUUGAGUGAAAGUGGACCCAUUUAGCGCAGUUAAUAUAAUAUUACUAUUAUUUAUCAGUUAAGUCAACAGUGAUUUGAAUCUAUACAAUAAUAUAAGUUUUUCUAAAUGGCCAA